AUGACAAUCAAUGGUGAGUAUAAAAUACUUAAUAUUAAAAACUGGUAUCAAAUGAUUUGGAAAAAUUUGCACGUUCAAACUGAACAAAUAACAUAUUGUACGUUUCCCAUUUCUUUCAAUCAGAUGAUUCAGACCAAUCAGCUGCAACCCAGAUCACAAGGUCCACAAGUGCCGGCGAUGUGCAACUAACAAAUCAGCCAGAAACGAUGACAAUCAACAUUGGUGAGUAUAAAUGACUUAAUAUUAAAAACUGGUAUCAAAUGAUUUAGAAAAAUUUGCACGUUCAAACUGAACAAAUAACAUAUUGUACGUUUCCCAUUUCUUUCAAUCAGAUGAUUUAGACCAAUCAGCUGCAACCCAGAUUACAAGUGCCGGCGAUGUGCAACUAACAAAUCAGCCAGAAACGAUGACAAUCAAUGGUGAGUAUAAAAUACUUAAUAUUAAAAACUGGUAUCAAAUGAUUUGGAAAAAUUUGCACGUUCAGACUGAACAAAUAACAUAUUGUACGUUUCCCAUUUCUUUCAAUCAGAUGAUUCAGACCAAUCAGCUACAACACAGAUCACAAGUGCCGGCGAUGUGCAACUAGUAAAUCAGCCAGAAACGAUGACAAUCAAUG